GCAGCUGGACCCCUCUCAAGGAUCCUGGUCGGGUUAUACACUGUGGAGGACAGGCCAGCUGACUGAGGGGCUGGAGGAGGGGCAGACAGACAGGCCCGCUGCCGGAGGAGCUGCUGCUCCACACAGACCGACAGACAGCCAACGCGACCGCAGUGAACCUGCGACGCAAGCCGCCGCUGCUGCUGAGUCUCCGGCAGCGACCAGCCGUGGGUCUGUUCUGGAGCUAAGCUAGCUUAGCUGACUAGCUACCUUUGUUGUGUGGGGGGCAACAAACGGAGCUGCUGCUGAUUCAGGACUGCAGAAUUCAAUGAGUACAUGUGAUUAAUUGUUAAAAAAAGUUGCAUUUUUAAAAAUGUCUAUAUUACCGUUCACUCCUCCAAUCGUGAAGAGGCUUCUCGGCUGGAAGAAGGGCGAGCAGAACGGGCAGGAGGAGAAGUGGUGCGAAAAGGCUGUGAAAAGUCUGGUGAAGAAGUUGAAGAAGACGGGACAGUUGGACGAGUUGGAAAAGGCCAUCACAACACAGAAUGUCAACACGAAAUGUUUAACCAUCCCCAGGUCUUUAGAUGGGCGUCUCCAGGUCUCCCACAGAAAAGGUCUUCCUCAUGUGAUCUACUGUCGCUUGUGGCGCUGGCCAGACCUUCAGUCCCACCAUGAGCUGAGGGCUGUGGACCACUGUGAAUUUGCCUUCCACACAAAGAAGGAUGAGGUCUGCGUCAACCCAUACCACUACCAAAGGGUGGAGACUCCAAUUUUGCCUCCUGUCCUGGUACCAAGACACACAGAUAUACCUGCAGAGUUUCCACCUUUGGAUGACUACAGCCCAUCCAUCCCUGAGAACACCAAUUUUCCUGCUGGCAUUGAGCCCCAGAGUAACUAUAUUCCUGAAACUCCCCCUCCAGGAUAUCUCAGUGAAGAUGGCGAGACAAGUGAUCCCCAGCACAACCAAAGCAUGGACACAAGUUCACCCAGCCUGUCGCCCAAUCCUGUGUCCCCUGCAAACAGCAAUCUUGACUUACAACCUGUGACGUACUGCGAGUCUGCUUUCUGGUGCUCCAUCUCCUACUAUGAGUUAAACCAACGUGUAGGAGAGACCUUCCAUGCCUCACAGCCCUCCCUCACAGUAGAUGGAUUCACAGACCCCUCCAACUCUGAACGCUUCUGUCUAGGCUUGCUGUCCAACGUCAACCGCAACUCAGCGGUAGAGCUCACACGCAGACACAUAGGACGGGGUGUGAGGUUGUACUACAUUGGCGGAGAGGUGUUUGCAGAGUGUCUCAGUGAUAGCGCCAUCUUUGUCCAGAGUCCCAACUGCAACCAGCGCUACGGCUGGCAUCCUGCCACUGUCUGCAAAAUACCCCCAGGCUGCAACCUGAAGAUCUUUAAUAACCAGGAGUUUGCUGCUCUUCUCGCUCAGUCGGUCAACCAGGGCUUUGAGGCUGUUUACCAACUCACCAGGAUGUGCACCAUUCGCAUGAGUUUUGUUAAGGGUUGGGGAGCUGAGUACAGGCGUCAGACAGUGACCAGCACCCCCUGCUGGAUAGAGCUACAUCUCAACGGCCCUUUGCAGUGGCUGGACAAGGUCCUCACACAGAUGGGUUCUCCCAGUAUCCACUGCUCCAGUGUGUCAUAGAAGAUGCUCAUGCUUUUUAAAGGAGCCCUCCUACACUCUGACGCUCUUAUUCACAAACCAAAUAGGACAACUCGGGCGUCUCUCUGUGAUGAUAAGGAAAAAGACACCAUUCAUGCUGUUGUGAUCCUCCUCCCCUGCUGUCAAACAAUUCACCUCACAUCUGUAGCACUUUCCUUAGUUCCAUUUAGUGUCUCUAUUUGAUGGUUAUUUAGGACUUGUACAUUGUUUCAUGUGUUCAACAGGCAGCCACAGGAUAUUGGUAAUAGGUUUAACCAAAUGUGUUCAUGAUUCAUUCAGUCAUCACGUCAAUGUUCAGUGUUGGUUUUUUUUUUGUAAAAAAAAAAAUUGAAAUUUGAAAGUUGAAAUUAUGGUAGUUCUAGCUACAUCAUCAAUUUAAACAUUUCAAAACAAUUUUGAUUCUAUGAAUUAGCUAAAACUAUGACAAAAUUGUCAUUACUGGUGUUUCAGUGUCCCAGUACCACUUUGUAAUCAAUGAAUAAGCGAGCUUAUUUAUCAAUUGAACCAUAAAUUAACAUGUCAUUCUGAGUAGUGAUUAUAUAGAAUAUAUUUAAUAAUUUAAGUACAAGGUACUUUGCCCAUGUUGAUUUAGCUGCAUUAAUGGAAUCAUGAUUAUCUCAUUGAUCUUGUAAUUGGUAUUUUAUCUAUUUUAAACUAAAUCUAGACAUUAGAACCAUUGUUUCUUGAGAAGAACCCUUGUAUGAAAACUAUUUUGCUCAGUGAAAGAGACAUUUUAUAAGUUAUUUUUGCAUACUGUCUUGCAUGGGAAUAUAUUUUUUUUAUUGCCUCAAUUUGAUUGUACAUAAAUAUUUAUAGCCUGUGAUUUCUUGUAGUCAUUUUGCUUGAAACAUUGGACCUGACUGACCUCUGGCAUGAGUAUACUCACAAUGAACUUCUGCUUUAAUGACCCCAAACUUAGCCAGUUGAAAUGCAGGCUGUUAAUUGUGGG